AUGGACGAGACUUUUACAAAUAUCUCCGAAAGGGGUCCCUCUCGCAUUUUCAGCGAUUGUGUUGAUUUGUUCAAUUACGUUCGAUUUGAUCAAUUCCACGAGCUGUGCCACAAGGGACUUCCCCUGAAGCUUGCUAUUAUCCAGUGUCGCCUGGCACGAUGGGGUGCACGCGCUCAUGGCGAGAAGCCCUUUGAGGAAUAUCUAGAGGACAAAGAGUUGAAGAUGAUGCAAGAAAUCCUCCAAGGCAUGGUCAGAUCACGCCGAGAUUUGGCAGCAAUCGAUGAAGAUCAACAAAGGGACGAUGAAAACAUGCCAAUAGUCACGACUACGAAGCGCGUUCGAGACAAAUUGCGGAAGAUUACAGAGAAAAGACUACACGGUGCAGACCUGAUCAAGAAAACGUCGUGGAAAAUUUACGAGAAGGGCCGCGCAUAG